AUGCUUCAAUUUUUGAUCACUGGGGUUUGGUAUGAAGACGAGACGAAGUGGAUGCCUAUUCUUCUCCGGCAGGACAAUCUUGUCGACGUGCGUCUUAUUCUCGGAAAAGCUCCGCAAUAUCCUCGUGCACCUGCACCAGAGCUUCCAAAGUGUUACUUGUAUACACGAAUCAACUAUGGGAAAGGUCAUCACGGAAAAUGGUUGUGUCGCAACAAGUUGGCCUUGAAACACGUGAACUCGGGAGAAAUAAACAUGAUGUUUGACCUGUUCCUGAUACUUUAUCAUAUCUCACUUCCAUUUCCGCAACUCAAACGCGAAUGGGAUGAAAGCCGAAGCACUCCUGUGUUAUUGGAUCCAGUCCUCGGAAAAGUGAUUUGGUUUCAGGCGGAAAUUUUGUGCAUUCCGUGGAAAGACGUGUUUGGGUUUCGGUCCGGAGCCGACGGACGACCCGAUAAUGACGUCGACCUCAGGUCAGACGUGUUGUGUUCGUUGAUCGACAAGAGUCGCACAUUGUCUCUGUGGCCCUUCACGGGGGUUGGGUCAACUGUGUCGGAACAGAGCAGUAUUGGAUCCCCAGUGUUGGAAUCAUCUGAAUUGCGGUACUUGCACGUCUACUACGCUUACCGCAAGUCCUGCUCGCAAUGGGUCGUCGCCCGAUUGACCCUGUGUCACUCGGACGCGGAUUUGAUGGCGAAAUUGGAAGCUGUGAUGGAAGAAAAGCUUUCGGAUGACGCUUGA